AUGAUUAUUUCAUUGUUUCCAGGGUCAUGUCAAGGUGAGCCAUCAGAUCUACCUGAUGAGAAACGCAAGACCUAUGACCUUGAAGACCUCUCAAACACCCUAGAAACUGCAUCGGCAGCAGGCGUACCCAUAGCCGAUACCCUCCGAACAAUUGCUGACCCUUCGGGCUUACCCGCACCCGGUACAGACGAAGUCUUCGAGACACCAAAACCACAAGAUCUUGAAAGCCCAAAACCCCAACCGAAGAGAAAGCCACCGCCAAAGCCGAAAAGGACUUUCAGUAACUCAAGUAAACCCGAAAUUAAGUUUGUCUCAGAUUCAUUUGUGAUCGAGUAUUAUACUUCACCACAUAAACGAAGCCAGUCUGAUAGUGCGGUACAAGGUGGAAUAUCUAAGAUCCAGGAGAAUUAUGUUGAAAGCCAGGAGAAGUAUUCUGACAAAGCACAAGAAAAAUACAACAACAAGCCCGAGGAGAAUUAUUAUAUCAACCAAAGUACUGUAGAUGAUACUCUUGAUGGAAAGUCAGUUUCACCCUCAAAUAAAAGCCAUUCUGGUAAGGGUAAGGGUGAAAUACAAGGCAACAGGGUUCAAUCACCACAGUUCAGAAAUGCCGAAGGUAAAAAACCGACCACGAAAGUUGUCAGUGAUUUGGACAGUUUGCUCUUGAAGUUAGCUGCCGAAGUUCACAAACCUACAAAUGUGGAUUCUUCUAACAUUGGAAUAAAUGUCGAACCUAGUUCAAAUAGACCCACGACUGAUGUACUUUCCAACACGAAACCCGAGCUUUCGAGCACGAAAGCUGACUUUUCCAACACGAAACCGGAAAAUUUGGGCACGAAAACGGACCUUUCCGACACGAAACGGGAGAAUUUGAGCACGACAACGGACCUUACCGACACGAAACAGGAGAAAUCGAGCACGAAACCUAACAUUUUGAACACGAAUCCCGACUUUUCGAGCACGAAACUGGAUGAUGAAGGUUACUGCUCGCUAUCACGGAAACCGGGUACACGUUCACUGGAGUCAGAACACGAGAGCCAACUAAGUUCGGAUGAUUUAUUCAAGAAAGAAAAACUUUCCUUCGAAAAAAACGUGGACAUUAGAGAAGAAUACAGCAACGUGGAAAUAAUUCGCUCCUAUGAUAAUAAUGGUCGUGAAAGCCAGGAGGGUGUCAUAGAGUUGACGGCUGAAGAAGAUACGAAGGAUCAAAUUCCUGACUCAGGUGAAUUUAAUGAGAGGAAGGCAUUUCCUAAAGGUUUUGUCUUUUAUAACAUUUGAAACUAAAUGAUAAAGACUUGCAUAAGCAUUAACCAUCAUCAUAGGUGCAUAUGAAACUUCUUGUUUCACCACGAUUUCACCAAGUACAAACCUGUGUCGAGAUUUUCCGUCGGUGGGUAGUCUAGGUUUCACCAAGCACUAUCGUGCUGCAGAUGGGGGUCAACCUGUAGUUAUCAGAGUGAGAAAAUAAUGUUCAUUCUUUUCAUUAUAUGCAGUAGUCUUGUAUUUGGCGGCAAAUAAUAGAAUAGACAGUUCCCAUUAUAGACUAUUUUUUUAUCUUGGCAAAAAGAAGUAUAUUCUCGGAAAGAGCAUACUAAAAUGAGUAAAAUUGCAAAGUCUGGUCGCGAAAUGUUGUAAAAUGCGGAAAAUAUAGCCUUGCAAAGUUCGCACAUUUUGUAUACUUUUGUAUUGCGUGCGGAAAUUGCUACCACAUUUGGGCCGAAAAUACACCCUUUUCAUAAAUGGCUGUCGAUUAAAAAUUCUUUUAUGUGCAUAUUAAUUGGCCCAACUAGCCUCGUACUCAUGUUAACAUUUCAAAGGAAUUUCUACCCAGAAACGAGGCUAGUUGGGCCAAUUUAUAUGCACAUGAAAGAAUUUUUAAUCGGCAGCCAUUUAUGAAAAGGGUGUAUAGCUGUGGUGAUUUAUUUGCAUCUCCUUGCCUAGUUUUAAAAUUAGUUUAUAAUGGGAAUUCUCUAUUGAGAGAUGAUGUUGAUCACGAACUGCUGCUCUAAUAAUGCUUAUGGAACCAUAAAGGCCGUAGUUUUCUUCACGUGUUAAUUUAAGUCAACUUGAGAUGACAUAAAAUACUUGAGAUGAAGUAAUGUAAAUUUAACAUUAAAUUUUGUCGUUAUAAUUUGUGAAAUGACUGUAUUUGUGUAAAAACCUAAAAAACAUAUUUAACAUUUAAUUAUUGACUAAUUUGUUGAUCUAAUUAAUAAUUAACGUAAUCUAUGUUAAUGAACUAAAUAAUGCCUUAAUAUAAUAACCAAAAAUAUCGAUUCAUAUAGUCAAACGUAGCUGGGUCAAAAACAACUUUAAACACAAAAACAGGAUUUUAAUUCUAUCUUGCAAAUAUUUGGUAAACACUUCUGUCUUCCGAAAGCAUAAUUAGCAUUGCAUGGGAAUAUGGCGGGCUAAGCUCCUUCCAGACACCGCUAAAUUAUUUCAUCAAAUCUAGUUCCGUUCGGCAGUGAAAUAUAUGCGACCUGCCGGCUACCACAUGCUUUAAUUUAAUUAAGUCCUUAUACAUUGCAUGCUUUCUCACAGAGCCCAUAUCACGCUCUUCUCACAUGAGCUUCCUGCAAAUUCAUCUACCUCAGCAGACAAUUAAAUGACGCGGAUGUAAAUCCUCUUAUGUUUUUCGCGUGACCACUUCUAUUUUUGCAGUUUAACACACUAGAUAGUGCAUCUAAUUUUUCUACAAUUCAAAAAUUGAAGCCGUGAUUGCAGGCUCAGGAUAUUCCCAUGAAAUGAGAAGACUCAUAUGUUUUCUAUUUCUUAAACAGUGAACUUAAACAUUAAGUUAAACCUACUCCAAAUACAUUUUCAAACUAUUCAAAUGAUGAAAGUUAUUGUUGUUUUUUUAAGCGUUUAUUAGCGAGUGGGAAACUCCAACAUGGCCGCCAUCCAUUCAAAUGGGGGUAACCAUUGGAAUAUUCUUGGCUUCAAUUUUACUAAAAGAGAUGCACUAUCUAGUAUAUAUAAGAUAUUUAUGAGUUUAACCCAUUAAACUGCAUUCCACGCCCAAAUGUGCCCUACUUUAUUAUUUUACUCUGUCUGACGCCAGACUGUUUACUUUUAAGGGGACAGUUUUUGCGCUUUAAUGCGCUACCCCCUGAACACAUAAACAUAGUUAUACAUGCAUAGAUAUCACUUUUGCUAUUUACUAUCCAUUUACUGCAGACAAAAUGUUAUUAAUUAUUAAGAACAGUAAUUUAUGCCAUCCGAUAAUCACGCUUCCUUAAUUUUCAAAAGGUCCACAGAACAUUGCAUAUUUAACAGUAGUAAUAUAUGUAAGUUUGAUAAAUUUUCGAAAAAAUAUAAUUACAUCGAAGCAUCAUAAGCUUGUUAAUAAUUGAUAAAAAGUGUCUGGCCGUAAUGUUUUAAAGUGGCUUUUGGAUGUUCGCGUAGUUUUCGAAAUUGCUGUAUUAUUUGCGCGAAUAAUAACGGUUUCUACGAGUUUUUACUAUGAAUGUGUUAUCGUAUCAAUAUUGAUAUUCCCCUUAAAACUGGUUUACAUUAUGAAAGUUUCUGCGAUGACAGUGUAUGAAUUUUGCAUAGAUAAGUUUCGAAGGAUUUGUAAGAAAUGUUUGUGGGACAGUUCCAAUACUGAGUCAGUUCUUGUAAACAUUUCUUACAAAUCCUUCAAAACUUAAAAUUUACCUAUGCAAAAUUCCUACUGUGAUCACAGAAACUUUGAUAGUGUAAACCAUCCUUUAAAAUGACUCUUGAGUGUUAGAACUGCGAGUUUUUCCAGGUUUUGUGACUUAUCAUUUUAAUUUUGAUCAUAAAUUAUUCCUUACCCUCAAUCCUAGAGCACUAAUUCUUAAUAAUCCUAGCACUAAACCUAACCGUAAUCUCAAUCCCAACAUAAUCUUAAUCUCAAAUGUUCUCCUUCAGAUUCCAGCGAUUCACCCAAAGCAGACCCCGUGUCACGUGAGCUGAACCUACUGCGUCUGCGAUUGGCUGAGAAACAACGCGAUAUCGAGGCUCAGAAACAGCGCACCAAAGAACAACAGGAGGAGGAGAGGAAAAGAUUUGGACAGAAUGUGUUUUGGUUGGCCGUUGGCAAGGGUCGAGAGAGGAAGGACGGGAGUGAGGUGAGAUUUUAUCUAAACUACAUUAAGUGGCCCUCUAUUUAACAGCCCCUCUUUAGAGAAGCAGUAAUUGAUCCAGUGUUACUACAGGAGGAAACCUAAACUAAACUAACUUUAUUUUUGCUGGCUAGUUCUAUCAGUUCUAAACUGUUCUUCCUAGAGGUCCAGUAAGGAUCAUCUCUUAUUGGUCCAGUGUUACUACGGGAGGAAACCUAAACUAACUUUAUUUAUGUUGGAUAGCUCUAUCUGUUCUAAACUGUUCUCCCUAGAGGUCCAGUAAGAAUCAUCUCUUAUUGAUCCAGUGUUUAUACUACAGAAGGAAACCUAAACUAAACUAACUUUAUUUAUACUGGAUAGCUCUAUCAGUUCUAACUUCCUGGAGGUCCAGUCAGGGCAAUUCUUUGUUGGUCUAGCAUUACUACAGGAGAACACCAGUGCUGUUUGGCAGAGUCAAAUUGUUAGCACUCUUCUGACAUGCAACUGACAUUAAAUUAUAAUCCGACAAUGCAUAUUACAGGAACUGAACUCCAAUCACAGAGGUGAAUGGUGCAUGAAGCAACCAUUGUACCUCCAACACCUCAGGAAUGAAAGCUGGUGAGAACUUUCAUAGAAUAUAUGAAAUAGACAGUUGAUUUAAUUGCUAGUACAUUUAUUUUAGACAAGUACGACCACAAAAGCCUCCCACCAAACAAACUUCAAGCAGCACUUGACAACCAACCAAUUUGGCAAUGCAUCGAACCAGGAACCUUCGAAUAACAAUAAAUUUGCAACCUUUACCAAACAGUCCUCGUUAGAUGAAGAUUUGCCACCUUCUAUGGGAAAACUACAGGACAGGACUUAUAAUAAAUUAAUUCCUGAGGAGAAAGAACCAUUACCCAAUCAAUACCAGAUCUGUUCGGUCGAAGAUCGGAAACUGUCGGUGGAUGAUCGGAACCCAUCGGAAGACACUGUACAGUUUCGCCUGUCCCGCCAAGCACCUGGAGCCCAAGAUGUUUUAUUGAAUAAUGAGAAAUCACUGAACUCAGAAAUUCAGACUCCUGAGAAAGCAAAAACGCCCGUUUUGAAUUACAAAAGUAGGAUAAAUGUACCGGUUAGUUUUCAAACCAAACCAAUUUCGGAGAAUUGUCUGGAUGCUGUUAGUUUUCAAAAUUCUGAGAAUAUUGUUGAUGGAUAUAAGCUGGGAAAUUUUCACGAAUUCGACCCUAAUUCCAAGAAUGAAGCGAAGCCUCCAACAUCACCGCAACGAAAAUGUUGGGACACAGAGACGGUUGUUAACAGCGAGCCUUGUAUAGCUGUAUCUGAAUCAAACUACCAUAUAUUUGACGAGAAUAAUGGUAGGGUGGCUAGGAACUCAGAGACGACUGGAACCCUGGACAUUGAAAUGAAUAAGGAUGGUCGAGUCAUGGAAGCAAUGAACUAUAUGCAAGGUGGUUCUGACAGUCCAGGCCAGACUGGGGAUGGUGUUUAUUUAGAGAUGGAGAGUGUGAAGAAAAGUCCUGAUGAAGGCGAUGCGAACCUGAAUUCCUCACCUGUUGAAGAGGAUUGUGACACGCCCAAGAAGGGACUUGCUUUGUUCAUUGGACAGGAAAAUACUGUCAGUAAUAAUGAUGUAAGUAUUUACAAUGAUUUCAAAAAUUUUACCCUUAACUAAUUUUUUUUUUCUGCUCUACAGUCUACAGUCUACCAGUUCGCUCUAGAGGUUAUUAAGAGUAUCUCGUAUUAACUCUUCAUUAAGUGGCAAUGUGCUCUAAUGCACCCUACUUAUUAUUUUACGAUAUUAUUUUCCAGAGCGCUGGCUCCCAAUGGAUCAAUCCAUUAUUCUUGGAUUGUUUGAUAGAGUAAAAGUAGAAGCACUCUUUUCUAUGUCACUUAAUUUUCCAGGUUUUCAAACAAUGAAGUCUUGACCCAAAAGUAUCCCACAAAGGCCAGAAUACACUGUGCAUUCCAGAAGUCCUCUGUAUUAAAGUCCUCUGUAUUUAUUGUGUGACCUAAGUAUUACUUCUAAGGUCCAUUAAGAUAAAAUUAUAAUCAUUCAUAUUGCAGGAAUCAAUCCUUGUUCUAAGCAGUGAAGCCACGCCCAAUGGUGCAAUCGGCGUCGCAACUACUACCCGUAUAACCCUUCUACCAUUAUAUUUCAUUGUUAUAAUUUUACUUGUAAACUGUUUUUAGGGAUUGACACCAGAACAGCUGAGGAAACGAGAGAAAUUUCUACGAAACCGACAACAGAAAAUCGAGGAAGAUAAAAUGAAAAAGGAAGCGCUUUUGGAGAAGAAGCGAAGGUUGGUUUCAAGAAUUUCUCAGGCAUAUUUGUAUUCAAAUUGUGCCACAAACCACUUGGAACCUUUUUCAAAAUGGUCGAAACACAUUUCUUUCAUCAAAACAAUGACUUUCUGCUGAUAAAACAAAAAAUGUUGAAAAUGAUGGUCUGUAGGCAACCACCAACAAGUGUGUCAAGCCACUUCAAACGUUCUGAAAAUUGUCGAAAAAGGUUUACGACAAUUUUUUCGAACUGUCAUUGAAAAAUGAACAAUCAUUGAAAAAAUUCGUUUCGACUGAUAAAAACAUGGUUUGGAAAAUUGUGGUCAAAUUGGAAGGUGGGUGGAGGGGGGGGGGGGAUGCAUUGGGCAAAGGCAAUCUUAGGGUCAACAAAGGGGAGACCACAGCAAAUUUUUGAAGUCUGAUUAGUAUAGGUAAUCGCAUGGGGUCGAGUAAAAUUAAGGUUUAAUUUCACGUGUGUUUUCAAUCAUAGAGGGCAAAAUUUAUUUGUAUGUUUAUUGUGAAUUUGUCAAAUUCUUGAACCUUGUAUGUCUCCAUGUCUUCGCCUAUGUUCCUUAAUGCCCUCUAUAUAUAUAUGAUUAGUUGCCUAAAACUGUUGCCUUGAUUGAAAUUUUUUUUUCGACCAAUUUCAUUUGGUAUAAAAAUGUUUCAUGAGGAUUCGUUUUGUUUGUGUUUACAGAAAGGAGGAGAAAAUGAGAGAUAUCCAGCUUCGUCGCGAGCAAGAGGAACAAAGCCGCCAAGCGAGUCUACAGGAGAAACGAGAACAAGCUGAGCAUGCCCGACAAGAGAGACAGAAAUAUGAAAUGAAACGAAAGGAACAUUUAGCUCAAACAAACUUCAGUAAUGGAACAUUAGGGGCUAAUUCUGGUUAUCCCAGGAUAGCGAUGAACACUCAGGGUAUGGAUAGGGUACCUGGUGGUAAUAUUGGAUAUAACAAGACAGGAAUGGAUACUCAGUGUGUUGAUGGGAUAGCUGGGGGUAAUGGACGAUAUGGAAGGUCUAGUGUAAAGACGCCAACGAGUGCAGGAAAUGCAUUUGAAGUACAUGGACCCACACAGUCGACUACACCUUCAGCCUUUUCAGGUUUCACAGGUAGGUGAAGAAGUUCAUUAACAAGAUCACGAUCGGGUUGUAUCCGUGCAACUUGCAGUGGUCUAAUCAGGCUCUGAAAUUUGCAGUAUCCCAAUAUCCACAGGAUACUAAAAUUUGGUUUUGGACACCAAACUGUGCAUGGUUUAUAUCCCAACUGGAUACUAAGAAAAUUUCAAACAUUAGGAAAAUGUUAAGCACCUCUGACAGUCUCCUGACAGCUUUUGAAUACUAUCAGCUUGCCAUCAGUCAAAGUUAGCAACAUUUGGUAUGCAAUACAAUGUGUUUAUAUUGUUACGUAGUGUGUCCAUAGUUUCGUAUCGUUUUUGUCGUUUGAUUAUCUCUUGUAAAGUAUAGGUCUCUAAUAUACUAUAAUAUUGUAGUAAUUUAAUGUCAUAAUGUAUGCAUGUAACUUUUUGUAGCAUAGAAUAGCCACAAUGUGGAAAUGCUAUUAAAUCAUUAUUAUUUUUUAUUAUUAUUAUCAGUCUUUCCUCAUUGAGGACUAGCGUGUAUGGAAGUUUGUAGCCCGCGUGCAAGGCCCACUUGAAGAAUAAUGGGCUAAGAAGUUUGUUGAAGAUUAUGCACAUUUUAGUGUAUUAAUGAAUUGUCUAGUUGUUGUCAAGUCUCCUGUUUUUAUUGUAAUUUGUAACAGUAGAAUUAUUUGGAUGGGACAGGGUACAAUACUUGUGGUAUUCAGUGUCCAGAAGUGGGAUACUGGAUUCUCAGGGGGAAUACUAAAAUUUUGAAUCGUGGUAUUCCAGAUGGAUACUUAGAAAAAAAUUAAAAUUCAGAAACUGGUCUAAUAUAUAAUUUUACAUAUACAGCAAGAACAGUUUUUCCAGUUUGAUUUCCUCUCAGCAAAAGUCACAGGAUUUUUCUCGUUCUGCAGUUUGCCACCUACAGAUCAUGUAAUAACAUUGUAUGGACAUUCUAAUAAUGGAUGACCUUCUACAUGAUUAAUUUAUGUUCCAAUUUUGCAGGUGUACAGUCGUACGUCAAGCCAAGUGGUAAAACGAAUCGAAAAUUAAUAAUCAAUGCUAUAUCGUAUGUUUGCCUCCCUGGAGCUGUUAAUAAAGACACCAAAGAAAAGUGUUUGCAGGUAUGACAAUCUCUGUGCGCAUGUAGAUUUCUGGAAUGUAGAGGCUUACAUAUACUUUGAAUCUUUGAAUCAUCCCAUAAAGUCACCCUAGGUCACCCUAGGGAUGCCUGUGGUCCCCCUUUGCAGUCUACAAAAUUAUUUUAAAACUUGUUUUUAUGAGUCGAAACUAACUGUUUUGAUGAGAAAAAUGGUUUUCGACAAUUUUCAGAAAGUUUGGGGUGUGUUGGGGCACUUUUUGAAUUUUUCAAAAAUGUCCUGUAGUCCUCCCUUUGCAGUUGGGCAAAAAAUUGAAAACAUGUUUUAUGCCUCGCGUAAUAAAUAUAUCUUUUCCAUACAGGGCAUGACAGAGUCCAGUGCCCAACAUUUUCUUAUCCUGUUCAAAGAAGGUUUCAAAUUCCGUGCUCUUUAUUCACUUGACUUAGAAAGUAAUCAGGUAUGUUAAGCACUAUUUAAACUAACUUUAUUCGACUAGAUUCAGUAGAUUGCUGUAUCAGUUCUAAACUGUACUCCCUACUGAUUGUGCAGCAAGGAUGAUUCCUUAUUGAUCCAGGAUUACUAAAGGAGGAAACGUUAAAUAAACUUUAUUUAUACUGGAUAGCUUUAGCAGUUCUUAAUUGUUCUCCUUGGAGAUUUUUGUAUGGCCCAUCUUUUAUUGGUCCAAUUUUACUACACGUGGAAACCUAAACGGUACUCUAAUUUAUUAUAUAGAGAGGGAGAUACUGAAAAAUACACAGUGAGGUAUUUUCCAUAUCUUCACUAGUGAAGAUAUCGAUCACGUGACUUUUUCCAAUUUGCUUUUGAGCGUGGCGUUUUCCAAUUUGCUUUUGCUUGGGACUAUAUAAUAAACAAGAACAUUACACGAUGGCUUGAAGAUAGGACUUUUAUCUUCUCCUGUUAAAAACAAUAUUUUACUCACUCGCUGCGCUUGUUCGUAAAAUAUUGUUUUCACCACUCGAAGAUAGAAGUCAUAUCUUCGCGCCGCCGUGUAAUAUCCUCUAUUUAAUAUUCUGGAUUGCUCUAUCAGUUCUAAACUGUUUUCCCUUCUUAGAACACGCUUGAUGCUAAUCUUGUCAUAUUCUUUUUAGGUAUUAAAGGUUUAUGGCAUAGGUCCUCGCUCAGUGACAGAAAAAAUGAUUGAACAAUUAUACAAGUAAGAAUUUUUUUAUCUUAAACGGUCGUCUAACUAUUUACUUCAUAUAUCGCCAGUUGGGCCUGGAUUUUUUUUAAAAAGUUAUAGGCAUGUUCCUUUUUUUUCCGAAAAUGUUUUGUUCCCCCAGCCCUUUCCAAUAAUCUGGCCCUAAAACACUCGCAUCACAGUUAUGACCAGAAUGUUCCAUUGUCUUUUCAUUGUUUUCGGAAUCCCACUGUUCUCCAUGCCAUGCAGUCAUGAUCCAGUGAUCAAAAUGUUCCAUUCUCUUUUCAUUGUUUUGAAAAUCCCACUGUUCUUCAUGCCAUCCAGUGAUCAGAAUGUUCCAUUGUUUUGAAAAUCCCACUGUUCUCCAUGCCAUCCAGUCAUGAUCCAGUGAUCAGAAUGUUCCAUUGUCUUUUCAUUGUUUUCAAAAUCCCAUGAUCCAGUGAUCAGAAUGUUCCAUUGUCUUUUCAUUAUUUUGAAACCACUGUUCUUCAUGCCAUCCAGUGAUCAGAAUGUUCCAUUGUCUUUUCAUUGUUUGAAAAAUCUCACUGUUCUCCAUGCCAUCCAGUCAUGAUCCAGUGAUCAAAAUGUUCCAUUGCCUUUUCAUUAUUUUGAAACCACUGUUCUUCAUGCCAUCCAGUGAUCAGAAUGUUCCAUUGUCUUUUCAUUGUUUUGAAAAUCCCACUGUUCUCCAUGCCAUCCAGUCAUAUGAUCCAGUGAUCAGAAUGUUCCAUUGUCUUUUCAUUGUUUUGAAAAUCCCACUGUUCUCCAUGCCAUCCAGUCAUGAUCCAGUGAUCAGAAUGUUCCAUUGUCUUUUCAUUGUUUUCAAAAUCCCAUGAUCCAGUGAUCAGAAUGUUCCAUUGUCUUUUCAUUAUUUUGAAACCACUGUUCUUCAUGCCAUCCAGUGAUCAGAAUGUUCCAUUGUCUUUUCAUUGUUUUCAAAAUCCCACUGUUCUCCCUGCCAUCCAGUCAUGAUCCAGUGAUCAAAAUUUUCCAUUCUCUUUUCAUUGUUUUGAAAAUCCCACUGUCCUCCAUGCCAUCCAGUCAUAUGAUCCAGUGAUCAGAAUGUUCCAUUGUCUUUUCAUUGUUUUGAAAAUCCCACUGUUCUCCAUGCCAUCCAGUCAUAUGAUCCAGUGAUCAGAAUGUUCCAUUGUCUUUUCAUUGUUUUGAAAAUCCCACUGUUCUCCAUGCCAUCCAGUCAUAUGAUUCAGUGAUCAGAAUGUUCCAUUGUCUUUUCAUUGUUUGAAAAAUCUCACUGUUCUCCAUGCCAUCCAGUCAUGAUCCAGUGAUCAGAAUGUUCCAAUGUCUUUUCAUUGUUUUGAAAAAUCUCACUGUUCUCCAUGCCAUCCAGUCAUGAUCCAGUGAUCAGAAUGUUCCAUUGUCUUUUCAUUGUUUGAAAAAUCUCACUGUUCUCCAUGCCAUCCAGUCAUGAUCCAGUGAUCAAAAUGUUCCAUUGUCUUUUCAUUGUUUUGAAAAUCCCAUUGUUCUCCACGUCAUCCAGUCAUGAUCCAGUGAUCAGAAUUUUCCAUUCUCUUUUCAUUGUUUUCAAAAUCUCACUGUUUUCCAUGCCAUCCAUCCAAUCGUUCGUUCGUUUGACGUAUAUUUUACAUAUUCGAUACAAAAGCUAAACUUGUCUGCCAUUUUCAAGAUACAACAGCGGAGGAAAGGAGUUCUCAAAGAUUCCUGCAAAAGGCUUCUCCCUUUCAGUAGACGGAUUUACGCUGCAGAAAAGCUGUUGGCAAUCAAAUAAACCUUCUGUCUCAUCCAAAACGGCUUCGAACUUUAAACAGUCGACACAUAGAACAGCAAGGUGACACAAGCUGUAUAAUUGUGUGUACAUAAAUUAGGCUCUAGGCAUAAUAGUAAACAUUAUUUCCUAUGUUUAGUUCUCCAUAUAGUAAAUAUAUAACUAUUAUAUUAUAGUUAUACAGUGUGUAUAAAAAAAGGAAUCGAACUUCAGCGCGCUAUUGUAUCUGAAUUACGAUAUUUUUUAAUAUUCGGAAAGACCAGGCUUUUAGCUGUUGAAUGAUUCGGACUUGUACUUAUUUUUUCUCCAUUGGGCAUGAAAAACAUGUCAUUCAACAGCUAAAAGCCUGAACUUUCCGAAUAUGAAAAAAUCUCGUUCAUACGCAGAGUAAUUCAGAUACAAUAACGCGCUGAAGUUCUGUAUAUUAAAAGUACUGUAUAUUAAAAAGGCAGAGAUCACGCGUUUUGAUAGUGUAAAUAUCAAAAGAGUUUGUUUAAAUUAAUAUUUAAUAUACGUCUAACUAUGGG